UUAUAGAUGGCAGAAAAAAUUACUUAGCAUUUAAAUUUAAAUAACGGGCCAUAGAUUAGAAAUGUUACUGCUUAUAUCACAGAAUAGAAUUCCGUUCUUAUACUAUCAACAUUUUACAUAUCAUUCUUAUCACCGUUGAAUUCACUUGAAUGUGUUCAAUAAUUAUAAUUGUAUGUUAAUUGUUUCGGCUCCAAGUUAAAUAUUUUAAUGAAACUCGAUAUUAUAUUUUUACAUUUUAUUAUACCCAAGCACAAAUUUUUAAAUAAAAAUUACUAUUUAGGAUUGUUUUUAUUAACUGUUGGUUGAGUCAGAAUCGGUGUGACUAUGUAUUGUUGAAUCAUAAAACAUAAACACAUAAAGGUGUUGAAUCAGUGUCAUCAAUACUACUGCUAACUUGGGUUUGUUUUUAUAACAUUUCAAAUAAAAGCUGUUUUUAAUAUGGACAGUCACGGCAAAAAAGUAGUCGUCUGUGAUAAUGGCACUGGAUUUGUAAAAUGUGGUUAUGCCGGCUCAAAUUUUCCUGCUCAUAUAUUUCCUUCUAUGGUUGGUCGUCCAAUCAUUCGUGCACAUAAUAAAAUAGGUGAUAUUGAAGUCAAAGAUUUAAUGAUUGGUGAUGAAGCCAGUCAAUUAAGAUCAAUGCUUGAUGUUACAUAUCCGAUGGAAAAUGGUAUUGUUAGAAAUUGGGAUGACAUGUGUCAUGUAUGGGAUUAUACCUUUGGACCUAAAAAAAUGAAUAUUGAUCCUAAAGAAUGUAAAAUAAUGUUAACCGAACCACCAAUGAAUCCAAUUAAAAACAGAGAAAAGAUGAUUGAAGUUAUGUUUGAAAAAUAUGAGUUUGAUGCAGUUUAUGUAGCAGUUCAAGCAAUUCUAACACUUUAUGCUCAAGGGUUACUUAGUGGAGUUGUUGUUGAUUCUGGUGAUGGUGUCACUCAUAUAUGCCCUGUUUAUGAAGAAUAUGUUCUACCCCAUUUAACUCGCAGAUUAGAUAUAGCUGGCCGUGAUGUUACUCGAUAUUUAAUAAAAUUACUUCUUUUAAGAGGUUAUGCCUUCAACCAUUCAGCAGAUUUUGAAACUGUUCGAAUGAUGAAAGAAAAACUAUGCUAUGUUGCAUAUAAUAUUGAGACUGAACAAAAGUUAGCCUUAGAAACUACAGUUCUUGUACAAUCAUAUACAUUACCUGAUGGAAGAGUAAUUAAAGUAGGGGGUGAAAGAUUUGAAGCUGCAGAAGUAUUAUUCCAACCACAUUUGAUAAAUGUUGAAGGCCAAGGAAUUGCUGAACUUGUGUUCAAUACAAUUCAAACUGCUGACAUUGAUAUGAGAACUGAAUUAUAUAAACACAUAGUUUUAUCUGGAGGUUCAACAAUGUAUCCAGGAUUACCAUCUAGAUUAGAAAGAGAAAUAAAACAGUUGUAUGUCGAACGUGUGUUGAAAAAUGAUACUACAACUUUAUCAAAAUUAAAAAUACGGAUUGAAGACCCUCCAUUACGUAAAGACAUGGUAUUUAUUGGUGGUGCUGUACUUGGCGAAGUUACAAAAGACAGAGAAUCAUUUUGGUUGUCCCGUACAGAGUACUUAGAUAGAGGUAUAUCUAUUUUGGAUAAACUUGGACCAAGAGCUGGGUAGUUAUUCUUUAUUUUAAUAAAACUAUGAAGAACUGUACUGGGAAAAUAAAUAUAUUAAGCAACAAUUUUACCCAUACUUUAAACAAAACACUCCUCUUUAAUAAUAGAGUAAUUGAUAAUGUAUAAUCAAUAUUUAUUUUAUUAUCAUAUUUCUUGUAUGAAAAUUUUAUUUGCUACCAAUUUGUAUACUGAGUUUCAUGCAUUUAUUAGAAAUAUACAGUUAUAUGAUUUUUUUAAUUCUCUAUGUGAGCAUAUUAUGCUUGCAUAUAGAUACAAUAAUACCACAAUUAUAUUAUAUUUGU